ACCUCUUCUUCUUCUCUUACACGGUUUGUCACAUCAUCACAAAUUCCAUCUCCCACAAUCCCCACAUUCUCCAUGUACCUUCGCACCCCCUCCCGCACCUUAUACCCACAUACCCCUCCCCCUCCCCCUUAUGUCCCGCAUAUCCAUCCCACCUUCUCGAAUUCCCAAUCCAUAUGAUUUGUUGUACAUACUAUUUCUUUUUCUUGUUUUCUCCUACGUUAUGUCAUGCCCCCAUACCUAUCACAGCCUAUCACAAUUCCUCCUUUUCCCCCAAUACCCAAUAUCGUACCCUUUCAAAUGUCAUAUAUUCUCCCGCACCGCCCCCCCCCCCAACUUUCCCACUUAUCCCUUUAUACAUCCAAAGCGUGUAUCAUCUGGGCGAUGGGGUAUAUAUAUAUAACCAUGUAUAUAGCAAGACUAAGAUCAAGAGCACAACUAGAAAUAGUUUGGGAGUCAGGUCACGGGAAGUUUCUGGGGCACUUUUGCAUGGACUGGAUACCUGCGUGCAUACAUACAUACAUACAUACAUACAUACAUUACAGCUAUGCACCGAAAGAAAUCAAUAGGAAUAGGUGGUGGUACAGGUACACAACUAGAUAAACAAACGAAUAGACAAAUCGAAACCCACGCUCAUGUUUCAUUCUUCGCAGGAUGGAGAAUGGUG